CAAGCAUUGAGACACUGCGAUACUCAGAUUUUUCAAGCAAAAAAAGUUGUUGAGGAGAGUGAAGGUUGCAGACAAACAUUGCUGGAGCUAUGGCAUCGGUCAUGAUAAAACUUUGUGCUGUGCUGCUGCUGCGGUUGUGCACUGAAUCAAGCGGCGGCAAGACAACUGGGUACGAGGCCUGCGUAGGACACUCACCAACAAUAAAUGGAGCCCUCGUGCUCGCACUAUGAGCAACCUCCGAGCGACUAGCAAAACCCCGUUAGACACCGCAGAAUCCGGUGGAUUCUCGACUUACCGUUCUGUCCUCUUUACAACAGACAGCAUCCAGUAAUCCUCGCUUUCUAUUGGUCCGUCCCGUUUCCAAACAAGCUCUGCUUGUCAUCUUAGGUACACUUGGAAAUCAGUUGCCGACUGAUUUGCCGAUUUGCUUUGUCCCCUCCUGGCCGUUGGCAGUUCAUUCACCCAUUUGUCACCCAAGCGCCGCCACCUCUCAAUAGAAGCCCCCUAAUAUCCGCCAGAAGAUCGGUAGGCAUACAUGGCAUACCGAGCGGACGGAGGCGCACGCGCGCCCGUGCGGCGGCAGGCCGAGAGCAACUACCUCGAUGUGGACCGCGAGCAGGCUCUGCAUCGCCUCGAGAGCUUCCACGCGUCCGCGCGCGGGCCCUUCGAGCUGCUACAGACCAAGUUCGGCUUCCAGCGCAGUAGUGUGGCCAAUCAGAAGGAAAAUCUGGGCUGCUGGAUCACCAAUUACCAGAUGCGCGUGCGCGCCGAGGCCCCCCAGGGCUCCGCUGAGAGCGCCGACUUUGUGACUCGCUCGGCGCUCACGCGUGUACACAAAAAGUUUUUCCGCAACUAUGUGGCCUGGUGCAAAUUUUUGCGCACGGCGCCGCGCUGCUCGGACCCAGAGAAGGAAAACACGUCGAGAAUGGAGAAGGAGCUGGCGUUGUUCCUGCUGCUAUGGGGCGAGGCCGGCAACUUGCGCUUCAUGCCCGAGUGCAUCUGCUUCUUGUACCACAACAUGGCCACAAAACUCGAGUUUUUAGAUACUUUGCCAGAUGUGGACGAGGGAUUUUAUCUAAACGAAAUUGUGCGCCCAGUGUACAACGUGAUCGCGCAAAUGCGGCUGGCAACUGCGCCAAAAGGCCAGCGACCGUUCGACCACCAAGAUACCACAAACUACGACGACGUCAACGAGUUUUUCUGGACCAGUUUGUGUCUGGAAUGUGACGAAAUGAAUGUGGCAAAGAUGCUCGAAGUGCAGGACCACAAGACGUUCAAGGAGAAACGCAGUGUGUUUAACCCCGUCCUGGCGUUCUUCCGCGUCUGGUACUUUUUAGUCGUGGUUUUCCACAUCAUGGUGGUAAUCACCUACGUCUCGUACAUGGCCGAGGGCGACGACGACGGCGGGCUUGGAUUUUUCUUCCGAGUUUUCACCAGUGACCAGACCAAGAUCCGCGCACAUGCCUUCUAUACGAUUUUCUGCACGGUAACCGGAUUAUUAGCCAUGAAGGUGGUGAUGCAGAUCUGGUUGUUCGGAUUGCGACUGUACAAGGAUAUCUGGAUGGCUGUGGGCGUCUUCUGCCGCUUGUUCUGGCACGCCUUCUUCUUCGCUCUGUUCAUGGCAAUCAACUUUUCUCCUGAUGAAUCCGCACUGUUUGGGUCACUGAGCAGCAUGUUGCCAGGUGGAGGCGAGGCCGGAACGUACUUGUCCAUGGGACUGGUGUACAUUGUGCUCUACUGCAUCCCAGUGCUAACAGCAGCGACGAUCCGCGCGUUCUUCCCCAAUGCCAUUUGGGGGAUUCGCAUGAUUAAUGCACUGGACGGCACCAGUCGACAGUAUGUGGGGCGCAACACGGCGCAACCCUGGGCCAACUACACGCAGUACAGUAUGUCGUGGUACAUUAUCUUCUUCUGCAAGUUCUUGUUUGCGCUGCAGUUCAUGAUCCGGCCCUUAAUGGCGCCGUCAAUCGAGAUUUACGACCUCGUAGUGGACGACGAUGGAGUCUUCCAAUCAGGACACAACAUCAUGUUCAUCCUGGCGUUGUGGGCUCCGAUCUUCGUUGUGUACAUGUACGACACGCAGAUCUGGUUCAUCCUGUACCAAUCGCUCGUCGGGUUGAUCAUGGGCAAGCGUAUGCACAUUGGACACUACGUUGGCUUAGCGCAACUGAAGGUCGGAAUGGCAGCAGCUCCCAAGUUAUUCGACGAUAAAGUUGUGUCUCUACGGACUAAAAAGCCAAGCCCCGAAGCCGUCACGCCAGUACCAGGAGGUGGCGAAGGCGAGUUGCGUCACCGCGACGUGGUGCGUCUUCGCUUUGCGAUUAUCUGGAACCAAGUGGUGGACAAUUUCCGUUUAAACGAUCUCUUAGAUGAUCGCGAGACGGUAAUUCUGCAGUACCGUAUCUUGAACAAAGGAGAACGUAUCCAGGAGCCGAUCUUCCUAUUAGCUGGCAAGUUAUCGAAGGCUGUUGAAGUGGCAGCCAAGACGCGCUCAAACAAGUGGGAUAUCGCUACUUUGGUCAAGAACAUCGCGACGGCGGAUGCGUUAGAAGGCAUGAAGAACGGCAUGGAGCUUGCACGUGAUAUUUUCUACUUGUUGCUGGGUGAGGAGGAAGAGAAAGGAGCGCUGAGUGUGUUGGAGUACAUCUACUCGUCUCCGGACGUCGUGAACCUGCUGGACUUGACCUACCUGCCUCAACUCUCGGACAAUGUGGUGGAGCUUCUGGCUGUGAUCUUAGAUAUGCCAGAGGAUAUUGCGUCGAUCGAUGACUUGGCCACUGCGCCGGAGGAAUUACGCAUGGAGCUGCACGUCCAAGUCGCUCAAGUCGUGGACCGUCUGCGUGCCAUCGCGUUGACUCUAGAGCUCAUGCUGAACGACGACACGGUCUCGCGUAAGCUCCACAACUGCCGCUUCUUACAGACCACCGCCGACUUGGAAUUCCAGACGCAACAGCUCAUUUACUUGUACAAGGCUGACGCGAUGGCGGAGAUCGGGUUGAUCGCCGUACACCCGCGUGAAGGCCCUGCUAAGCCGCCGCCGCGGUUUAACCCCGAAGACUUUAUUUCGAGCUGUACACGCCUGUUCUUCCUGCUUCGACUGGACGUCGCCAGUUCGCUUCCUCGCUGCGAAGACGCUAAGCGUCGUAUGGGCUUCUUCCUGCACUCCUUGUCGAUGGAAAUGCCGCGCGUGGACUCGAUGGAAGCCAUGCCGUCGUUCUCAGUCAUGACGCCGUAUUACUCCGAGACUGUGCUGUUCACAUUAGACGAACUGAACAACCCGGUGCAUUCGAACCCGCUGUUUGCUGAGCUGGAGAAGAAGCAGAAGGCCAAAGGCUGGACGGAACUGACGAUCAUGAAGUAUUUGAUCACGUUCCACGCUGAAGAGUGGAGCAACUUCCUGGAAAGAAUGGGCGCUAGUUCGCUCGAAGAAGCGCUGGAUAUCAACGCCCAAGAAGUCCGUCUGUGGGCGUCUAUGCGAGGCCAGACACUGGCGCGUACGGUGCACGGUAUGAUGCUGUACGAAGACGCUAUCCGGCUUCUGCGCUGGCUGGAAGUGUACUCGCUUCGUGACAUGUCUAUCCAAGAAAAACUGGACGAGAUGAACCGCAUUUCGGCGCUCAAGUUCUCGUACAUCACUGGUUGUCAGAUUUAUUCCAAACAAGUGGCCAACGGGGACCCUCGAGCGGCAGAUAUCGACUAUCUGAUGAAGAAAUUCCCGAGUUGGCGCGUGAGUUUCGUGGAUUCGAUUACUGAAAAAGACGGAGACAAGGAAAUCAACCGCUUCGACUGUGUUUUGGUGAAAUCCGAAGGCGGAGAGAUCGUCGAAGUGUAUCGGUAUGAACUGCCUGGUAACCCCAUUCUAGGCGAGGGAAAACCCGAGAACCAGAACGUGGCGCUGCCUUUUACACGCGGAGAAUACCUGCAAACAAUCGAUAUGAACCAGGAACAUUAUCUCGAGGAGUGUCUGAAGAUGCCCAACUUCUUAGCGACCGCUACAAGUACCGGUGAAGAGGUGACUGUGAUCGGUAUGAAGGAGCACGUGUUCACAGGUCGUGCGUCGUCUCUGGCUCGCUUUAUGACGCUCCAAGAGCUGGUGUUCGUGACGCUAACUCAACGUGUACUGGCCAAGCCGCUGCGCUCGCGUAUGCACUACGGUCACCCUGAUGUGUUCGAGAAAUCUUUCGUCGUUACGAGCGGUGGCGUCUCCAAGGCUAGUAAAGGUAUCAAUCUGUCCGAAGAUGUCUUCAGCGGCUACAACGUCACUCUUCGAGGCGGUUUAGUGACCCACGUCGAGUUCAUGCAGUGUGGCAAAGGACGAGAUGUUACACUGAGUCAGAUCAACGCGUUCGAAGCCAAACUAUCCAACGGAUGCGCUGAGAGUUGCUUGAGUCGUGAAGGUCACCGCCUGACCAACUCGUUGGAUUUCUCUCGACUCAACUCCAUGUUCUACGGACAUUUCGGCUUCUACAUCUGCAAUGCGCUCACCGUCUUCUGCGUCUACGUGUACGCGUACUGCAAGCUGUACGUUGCCACCCAUUCCGAAGUGGAAAUGACGGCCAUCAUGACCACAGGCAGCUUGAAUUCGCUAGCCAGUGUUAUGACGACGCAGUAUCUUCUGCAGUUCGGUAUGCUGACCACGUUGCCUUUAUUCGCCACUUUGUUCGUGGAGUUCGGAUUCAAACAAGCGUCGCUCAAAGUUAUCGAGUUGAUCUCGACUCUGGGAAUCGUGUUUUACGUGUUUUUAACUGGUACGAAGGCGCAUUUCUACGACGUGGCGUUGAUCCGUGGCGGCUCCAAGUACAGAGGAACUGGUCGUGGGUUCUCGAUCACUCGUGACCCGAUGGUGAACUUCUUUAAAGAGUACGGCGUCUCGCACUUCCGUAAGGCUGUGGAGUUGAUCGGCGUGAUGAUUCUGUUCGGCAUCUUCGGCUCGUUUGAUAUUGGCUCGGACGCCUUGGAGGAAUACUGCGCCACUGCAGACUUCGACUGCGAUAAAGAUCCCGACCAGAUCCCGGCGAACAUCACGUCGCUGGCUGCGUUCAGUGAGAAGUCCCAGAGUUACGGUAUCGCGUCGUUCGCUGUGCUGUUCCUGGGCGCGUGCUGGUUGAUGGCUCCGUUCGUCUUCAACACGGACGGCCUGGUACUGCAGAAAUCCAAGGUGGACAUCGCCAAUUGGUUCGCGUGGAUGAUGCGGGCGCACCACAAGGACGACGGUAACGACGAAGAAACCGGUAAGAAUGCCAGUAGCGCUGCGUUCCUGCACCCGAAGGAUGGCUGGGACGACUGGUGGAAGUCCGACGUCGACUUGAUGGUGCCUCUGGGUCCCAUGGGACGUCUCACGUACUGCAUCCGAGAGCUGCGCCACCCGCUAGCAAUGUAUUACGUCUUCAUGACGGAGUUCGACUUGGCGUGGUUCGCUCUGCUGUUUGGAGCCAUGGGCGCCACGUGGGUGUUGCUGUGGUUCGGAAACCGAGUCAAUCACUGUGUAUCCAAGCACCGCAAGCUCAACUCGCUCACGAUCCAAGGCAUCUUGUACAUGGUUUGUGUGAUCGGAGGCAUCCUCUUGAUCCCGUUGAUUCUUGGUGCUAUUGGCGGCUGGUCUGUGAAGAAAUGCUUUACGUUCUCCAUCGCCAUGUUCCUGGGCUUCAACUCGAUCGUGCAGUACGCUCUGGCGUUCAACGGUGUGUUCGGAAUGGAGGUGGCUAUGUGGAGUCCUAUGAUGGCGUUGGGCUUCCUUAUGGACAUGAUUGUGGGCCUGUUCCUGGUGAUUCCGCUGUUCCUGUUGUCGCUGUUGCCGUUCAUGCGUAUCCUCCAGACACGUGCGAUGUACAACGGCGGGUUCUCGCGUGCGUUGAGCUCUGGCUCGGAGGUGGCGGCGUCGCUGGUUAUCCUGCUUGGACUGAUGGGCGGAUUUAUCCACGGCUUCAUGACGUCGUUCGUGUACACGCUGGGAUACAUCAACGACCCGAGCGAGAACUUUAUGAACCGCUCGUUCUACUACUUCGUGACUAACAAACUGCCGAACAAGGGAUCGGAGAUGCUGAAUUACAUGGAAAACGGGUACUUGAAGAUGACGUGCGCCACGAUGAGCAUCGUCGCCGUCCUGCUGUCGCUACUGAUCGGGCGCGUGCUCGGACGCCGCAUCAACAUGGCGAUCGGCGGCAGUUUGAUCUUCGUUUCGCUUGUUCUCAACUUUAUCGCGAGCACGGCGAUCAUUAUCGUGUCUUGCGGGUUGGCGGCGAUGGGCGCGGCUAUGAUGGCGAUGAACUACUUGCUGUGGAGCUACGAGAUCUGUACGAAAGGCUGGCGUGGCAAGAGUGUGACUGUCUUCUUGAUGGGUUCGAUGAUCGGCUGGUUCGUGCACUCACUGCUGAUGGCCAACACGAACGCAACGACCAUCUCGGAGGACUGGGAGAACAAACCUACCAAUAUGUGGCGCCUUCAGCCUGUGUUCGUGCAGCCGGCGCUGAUCCUCGCGUUCUUCGGGAUCCUCUGGUUCGUGCCGGAAAGCCCCGUGUGGCUGCUGGCGCACAAGCAGGACGAGCCCGCGCGCGCCGUUCUCAUCCGUCUGCGUCGCCGCCAGAACGUGACGCCCGAGAUGGAACUGAUUAAGGCCGAGCUGGUGCAGAAGACCCGUCAGAACCACCUCAUGUUCCGACUGUCCAUCGUGUUCGCGCUGCAGGCUAUGUUCGGUCUCAUUAUGUCCCAGACGCUGCUGAUCCGACGCACGCUCCAGGUGAACGCGGACGACAGCGGCAACGCCAACAACUACUGGGAAGUGUACUUCGCUCUGUGCUGCGCGACGGGCUUCGCGUUCGGCAGCUUCUUGGUGGACAAUGUGCGUCGCAAGACCAUCUUGAAGGAGUUCUUGCCGUUCGUGGCGUUGAUGGCGUUCACGUGCGGCGUCAUUGGCGCCGUAUCGAGCGCGGACGGCGGACUGGUGCAGGCUCUGCUGUGUCUGCUGUACAUCUCGGCCGGGUUGAGUCUCAUGAGCGUCACGUGGUUGUCUGCGCUGGAAAUGUUCCCGGCGUCGCGCCGGCCGCUUUACUGGACGCUGUCGCUGUGCGUGUUCUACCUGGUGCAGAUCGUCGUGUACUUCCUGGAUCCGUCCUUCGCGCUAUCGCACUUCGUUCUGGCGGGCUGUUGCGCCGUGCUCACGGCCGUGCUGUUCCUGUUCUGCGCCAGUACGAAACUGGGCGCGAUCCAGACCAAGGCCGAGAAGAAGUACCAGCGAUCCAUGCGCGAGUCCGCGCCCGAGGUUGUAGAGGCAAUGGAACACGAAGCACAGGUGGACGACCUGCACAAGCAGCAGACGCGCAUCGCACAGACGUCCGCGAUGAACCGUUCGGCCGGCGUCGCCGGCGCGUCGGCUGGUCAAGUCAACUUUGGCAUUUCGGGAGCCAGUCGCGGCGUCGGAUACAGCGGCCCGCCGGCUAGUAGCGCGGCCUCGCACGCACGAAACAACGCGACGCAGUUCGGAUUCAGCGGCGUCAAUGUGGACGAGAACGACGAGUCUAUUCGCCAGACAACGUCCGAAGCCAGAGACCACUUCAGCUUCCACCGUCUCGAGAGUGGCGAGGACGCGAGUAACCCGCGGAUGCUUCGCUAUGGACUGAGUACGGGACUGAGCAGCGCCCACGAGAGCUCGCAGGCCUCGUCCACGGACUUGUCGGCCACGGCUGCCGAGCAGCACAGACUGGCGAAGCAGUUGUCGUCCAGUUUCGACUUUGAGGCUGAGUUUGAGGAAGAACACAUUGAAGAUUUGCGCCAAGGACAAGUCAGCUAUCCGCGCGGCCAACCUCGCUCCGUUUCGUUCCUGCAGUCGCAGCGGUACCCGGACGCCGAUGUGCACGCUGAGACCCAGUCCGUUCGGCUGUAGACCAGAUAUUAGUGAAGCACUUGCAAAUGCAUUUUUCAUUUUUAUUUACUUGGGGGAGUGUUGGUUCAUUUGCUGGUGGUCGAACUACUAGUAAGAUUUUACCUGAUAAUUUAUCUUGGAGUCGCAGUGCGACUUGCACGACGAGUGUGAACACUUCGGAGCGGAGUGUUGCGUGGAUGGUGCUCCAAUCCGCCAGUUCAGCAACCUGCUGCCAUGGAGGAAUUCCUGCAUCGAGGC